AUGGAUCCCUCCGUCUACUCCACCUCCUUUCCUCCCCUACCCACCUCUUCUUCUCCUCUUCCUAAUCCUGGAACCUCUUGCCCCCUUCCUUGGGACAGAGUCUUCUCGGAUCCCCCGGUAGCCAGUGAGUUCAAUAUCUCGGCUCUUCCAACCCCUGAAGAAAUCAUUGAUUUUCCAAUCGAAGAUAUCGCUGAAGCUGUAGAGGAAUACAACCUUGCUUUGGUUGGUUACUCUCUCGGUAAAAGGCCGUAUUAUGAAGCUCUGCUCAAAGCUGUUACAAAUCUUUGGAAACUCAAAGGUACUAUCAAACUGAUAUCGCUAAGUGAAGGUUUUUUCCUCUUUAAAUUCUCUUGUGCUGAGGAUUAUGAAAUGGUAUGGACAAAAGGUGCUUGGUUUAUCUUUGGUAGACCAUUUAUUUUCAAAAAAUGGUCUUCCCACUUCAGCCCUGAAAGAAUAGAGUACUCCAGCGUCCCUAUUUGGUUCAAAAUCCACGAUUUAUCGCUCUGCUGCUGGACCCCGAUAGGUAUUUCCAAGAUCGCCACCAAAAUAGGUAUCCCACUCGCUGUCGAUGCUCUCACAGCUUCUAAAUCGAGACUCACAUAUGCUAGAGUGUGUGUCCAGAUCGGUUCUUCCGCAACUUAUCCUGCUUUCAUUCCUAUUAUGGUGGAAGGUAAACUCUUCAACCUAAAAAUUCAAUAUGAAUGGCGCCCCUCUGUUUGCGAUCUAUGCAAAUCUUUCAACCAUCUAACCGAUGCUUGCCCUUCAAACCCCAAUCCCAAACCUACUCUUCCACCUGUUGGCCCCCGAGGAAGGAGUACCAGUCGACGUCCAAGACCACCAUCCAAAAAUCCAAAGGGAAUCCUACCUACUCCCAGGUCCUCUACGGAGCCUCGUCCUGAAAUACCUGAUAAUCAAGAAGCCGCCACUUUGCUCCAGCCCCACUCUCCCGAACUCUCUGCCCCCACAGAACCAGAACCCAACUCCCUUAUCAAUGCUACUACCAAACUCACAGAGACUAUCCAGGAAGCUGCCAUUCAUAUCACUAUGGAUGUUUCUUGUAAACAAACAGAUUCGGUGAUAAUUCCGAAUCUAAAUUCCCCUACCCAACAAACCUCUACUUCCUCUGAUUUCCCCAAUACCCUUGUCAAUCAAGCUUCUCUGAAUACGUCUUCACCCAAUAAAUUUUGUUUACUACAAAAUCUUUCGGACUCUGAUUCUGCUUCCAUCAUCGAGUCAGACAAUGCCUCUUCCGCUUGUCAACUGCUAAACGACAAGGGAAAAUCCUCUUCUCCUCCCUCUAAUUCUAAGCCUAACUCCUCACAACCUAAUAAUGCCUCUCAUUUUCAACCCCUUAGAAACACAAGGGGGAAGGGCGCCAAGAAAGGUCGGAUAUGGAUUAAAUGGAACGCUAAUAAGGUCUCUUUCUCCCCCACCUUCAUUUCUAAGCAAGUUAUUACUGGUAUGGUUUGCGAAGGGAAUUUGCCACCAUUUCUGAUUUCUAUUGUCUAUGCUUCUAAUGAUUACGUUGAACGUAACACACUUUGGGAAGAGUUAAAGCUUCUUUCACCUAAUAGUGGACUGCCUUGGGCAGUUUUUGGGGACUUUAAUUGUUGUCGAUUUCUUACUGAAAAGUCAGGUGGUAAUGUCAUGAUUUCUACAAAGCUGGCUCCUUUUAACUCUUUCAUAUUUGAUGCACAUCUUGAGGAUCUUCCUUCCACCGGAAAUUACUACACUUGGUUUAACCAAAGGACAGACAAUCCUAUACAUCUCAAGCUGGACCGGGUGCUUGUCAAUGAAUCUUGGAUCUCUGCUCAUCCAACUUCUUUUUACAAUGUAUGCAAUAGUCUGGUUUCCGAUCACACUCCUCUCAUUCUCCAAUCUAAGAUGGAGAGAUCUACUAGUAAGAGAUUUAUGUUCAAAAAUUUCUGGUGCAAAAUCCCUGAAUUUUGGGACAUUUUGAUUUCGAUAUUUGCAUCUCAUUCAAAUGGGAACCCCAUUAAUUCACUCUAUCACAAGCUCUACUCACUGAAGAAAGAAAUCAAACUCAAAAGAUGGGUUAACUCUACUCACUUAGACUCUAAGUGCUCUGAUCUCUCCUCCCAGCAAAAACAACUCCAGCUUCAAGUUAAUUUGGACCCGCUCAAUGCUAAUCUUUGUGGACAACUCAAAAAGAUUAACAUGGAUUAUGCUUUUUAUAACUCGUUGAGAGCUAAUUGGAUCAUUCAACGUUCUAAAGUCAAGUGGUUAACAAAUGGGGAAGAAGACUUAAAAUUCCUUUUCUCAAGGAUUCAAAGGAGGAAAUCUCAAAAUCUAAGCAUACUUCACUCCUCAGUUUGCAUCAAUGAUUCACCUCAGGCUUCUAACAUACAAGGUAUUAUCAACCACUUCAAAGCUCUUUACAACUCUCCCAGACCUCCUUCUGCUGAUUUGAGCAACAUUCCUUAUGGGAACACAUUACAGGAUGAGGCUACUUCUUCCCUUACUUCUCUUGUUACCAAUGUUGAAAUUCAUAAUGCUAUUAAGUCUGGUUGUAACUCUUCUGCACCAGGGCCUGAUGGCUUUAACUUUGCCUUCUACAAAGCCACUUGGUCUAUUACUGGACCUUCAGUUUGCAAUGCGGUUAAGUCCUUUUUCAUAAAAAAUUAUCUUCCGAGCAGAGCUAAAGCCACUACAUUAGCCCUUAUUCCCAAGAAAACACAUGCUGAUUCCAUACAAGAUUACAGGCCUAUUUCCUUGUGUAACGUUUUCCAUAAAAUUAUUGCCAAGAUACUUGCCAAUAGAAUGAAACCUUACAUGAAUGAUAUCAUACAUAAAAGUCAGGCGGCUUUCAUUUCCAAUAGAGUAUCCAAUGAAAAUUGUAUUCUAGCGGCUGAAAUUGUUGGGUUUGUUAACAAAAGGAACAGGGGAAAAUUUUUUUGUGCCAAAUUGGAUAUUCGGAAGGCAUUUGACACUGUUUCAAGGGAUUUCCUUUUUGCUAGAAUGGCCCAUAAGGGGUUCCCUCCCACCUUCAUCAACUGGAUAAAAGCUUGUAUUAAUAAUACUCAUUUUUCAAUAUGUAUUGAUGGUGGUCUUCAUGGCUUUUUCAAAUCUUCAUCUGGUUUGAGACAAGGUUGUCCUCUAAGUCCGUACCUCUUUUGUAUCAUUAUGGAUGCUCUCUCAUGUCUUAUUGACGACACUUCUCAUGUGGAUUCCUUUGAAGGGAGAUGCUCAGUCCAAAAAGAUGUUGCUCAUAUCUUGGAGCUCAUAUCUUGGAGCUCCACUACUAAGUCUAUCACUAAAGGGGUUUUGGGUAUAGCCUCUCUUCAAGCUCUUAGGUUUGCCUAUAACUGCAAAACUAUUCUCAGACUUUACAACACCCAGUCCCCUCUUUCUAGUUGGCUGAAAACUAGAUAUUGUUCACCUUGGAAACCUUGCCCAUCCUCCAGUUCGGGUUACUGGAAGAAUUUAUGUAGCACUGCCGACUUGUUCAAAAGGAAUUUCUGUUUUAAGGUCUGUCCAAACAGUCCUAUUGACUUCCUUUGGGAUCAUUGGGUUUUAAAUGAUAACCUUUCCUCUAUGCUUACUGGGCAAGCAGCUACACUUGAUAAUGGGGUUAACGGAAUUUUAGCUAACUGGAUUAUUGAUGGUGCUUGGGCUCUACCAAUUUCACUUAGUACUACUAUUAAAAACCUCAUUUACACUAUUCCUAUAACACAUAGCAGCUGUUACCACAUAACCUGGGAUAACAAUGAGAAUGCCACCUUUAAGGAUUUUUAUAAGGAAUACUUCUCGGAUAUUGAUGUGGACUGGCAUAAUUUAGUUUGGCACAAAUACCAUUCUAUUAGGUAUUCCUCUUAUACGUGGAUAGCUUUAAACAAUGGACUGAAAACUGCUGCAGCUUUAGCAUACAGGAAUAUCACUAUUGAGGACACUUCUUUCCCUCUAUGCCAUAAUCAUCUGGAGAAUACCUCUCACAUUUUGUUUGAGUGUGAUUACUCAUUUCAGCUCAUUAAUAUGCUCAUUCCUCAAUUUAGUAACUUCUACUUGAGACCUAAUAUUAUUCAAGCUCUUCACUUUAUUCAUGGUCUCUACAAUGAUAAAGAUGUUAGAAACGCCGCUCUUCUUACUCUUCACGCUGCUGUCUAUUAUCUCUGGAUUGAACGUGGGCUGGAUGCUGUUUGCAGCAUGAGGAAGGAUCCUACUGUUGAUGGUUUUGCUGCAUUCUCUUUUGUGGUGACUGUAAAUUUUGUCCCUCUUACAGGUUGCCUGGGUGGUUUUUUUGAUAGGACAAUGAUGAUUGCUAAGAUUUUAGCAACCCCUUGGACGGUCUUAUGGCAACCAGGGGUAUUUGUUCUGCCUAGACCCGUUCGUGAUCUGACCCAUUUCGUGAAUUGA